GUGAUUGGUAGAUCAUACUUACUAAACGUCCUGUUUUAAAGUAUAAAGCGUCUAUAUAAUGUUCUUUAUUCAUAUAGUCCAGAAAUCGCUAUUACAGUAGCAACGAUGUUUGGAUAUUCUUCAUUGUCAGUAGUUGUUUUUGUUACCGUUUUGUGCCACACAAAAGCGAUUGAGAACGAGCCAAUAUAUUCGAAAUUUGAGUAUGACAAACGAAUGUUAGAGACAAUUGUAAGAAUGGAGGCAAAAAUGGACCAGUGGGAUAAGGAAAGAAUAACCUUCGAGGAAAAUGUGCUUGCUGUACUGGAACAUCGUAGAGAGGAAAUGCAAAAGAAAUUUUUGAACCAAAACAAAAUACAAAAUGAGUUAAAUGAUCUACGUGAAAAAGUUUAUAAUAGGACUUUAGGACUUAACCAUGUACCUGGAAGAAACCCUGCCGUAGCUUUCAGCGCCUAUACAAAUGUCAGUAGCAGCUAUAGUGACGGGCAGAUCGUCAUUUUUCCUAAUGUUCUUUUGAAUGAAGGGCAUGGAUAUAACAAAACAACUGGCUACUUUACAGCCCCUGUAACAGGAGUAUACCAAUUCACCGCACACACUUGCAAUUAUUUUAAUAAAGCAAUAAUUGUCGAGAUUGUUCACAAUGGAAAAGUUAUUGCAGUGACAACAAACUGGGAUAAUUAUCGUCAUACUUGUAGCUCUGUUAGUGCACUGGCAAUGGUAGCAGCUGGGGACUCGGUUUCCAUUAUAUGUGCGCAUGGCGACAGUCACAUGGUUGCAAACCAUCAUCGGUGGCCAUCUUUCAACGGAGUUCUUUUAAAUAGAAGGAUGGCUUGUUACUAUUCAUUAGAAGCUAUUAUUGUGUUUCUAACCGUAUUGUGCUACUCAACAGCAAGUGAACCCGAUAUCGAAACGCAAUGUUCAAAAUUCAAGUAUGACAAACAAAUGUUGGAGACGAUGGUCAGAAUGGAAGCUAAAAUGAAUCAGUGGGAUAAAGAAAAGGAAAACUUUGAAGAGAACAUGCUCUCUGUCAUGGAACAUCGGAAGGUAGAAAUGAAACGAGAAUUUGCGAAACAAAAUGCACAGAUUGGUCAAAUGUUUGAUGACUACGAGAAGAUCCGUGAAAAACUCAAUGACAAAACAGCUCAGCUUGAAAAGCUUGCUGAUAAUUUCACAAAAACCCCGAGGGUAGCGUUUAAUGCAUAUACAAGGUCCAGCAGAAAUUAUGACAACGGCCAAACUUUCGUCUUCCCUGAUGUUUUACUCAACGAAGGUGGUGGAUAUGAUAAAAUUACUGGAAUGUUCACAGCACCUGUGGCUGGUCUGUACUAUUUCAGCGUCCAUAUUUGUCAUGAAAAAGCAAAAUAUGUGGUCGCAGCUAUUGUUCAUGGAGAUACUACAAUUGCAGUUACAUCUGAAUAUGAAAACACUGGUUAUAGCUGUAGCUCGGUCAUGGCUCCGGUAAAAAUAUCUGUUGGUGAACGCGUGUACCUAAAAUGUACACAUAACACCGCCUUGGUAGGUGAUUCAAAUAACAGAUGGCCGUCCUUCACCGGUUUUCUGUUUACUAUUUGAACAAAUACCGCAGAUAUUGGACUUUUGACAAUACUAUUUCAUUCAUACUAAUAUUCAAACUUUAAAAGUAUGUAAUUCAGUUGCUUAGUGGUGUAAUAUAACAGCAGCGUGCUCCCAUAACCUAAUAAAGAGCAAAUCUGCGAUCUUAUUCUAUUUCUAGUUACUUACCGAUGAUCGUUUGCUAUGAUUACCGUCUAUCAACAGGCGCAAUCAAACGAGCUUGCAACAUUUUCAACUUUGCCGUUUUGGAAUUUCUUUAUGGAUUAUUAUUUACUCCAUUCCAUUUGCCGGUGACUUUUUCAAUAGCUGAAAAUGUAAGGAAUAAUUUAUAAAUACAAGCUCAAAUUUAACAAAAAAACUGUCAUUUAGACAUAUCAUAUUUGUAACAUCUGCCCAUGUGAUUAUUAUACGGCACUUUACAAGUCGAACUAAAAUGUUUCAUCAUGCACUUUCAAUGAUAAUUCUAUGAAAUUAACUCAAUUUCUACGCAAAAUGAUUUAUUGGUAGAAUCUGUUUAAAGAUGAUAAUUGUGAAAGUUGUCUUCUUGUGAAUUUUUUUACCAGUUAAACAUAAUUAUAAUCACUAACAAAUUACUUCCUUUCUUAAGAAUCUUUACACACCAGAUGAUAAGCAAUGUUAGAGAUAUGUAAAAUGUUGCAACAUGUUUUUUUCCAGUUUUUUCCACUCCUCUGGAGAUCAUUGAUGUAGUUUUUAGAUUUCAAGAAUGUGCUUAGAAUAGAGCCUUACCAGUUGCAAUGGUGUGAAAGUUGUAACACUUUGUAUUGUCGCAUAGAUAUAUAUUUAUGUUUAAUUAAAGAAUAAGUCAGUU